AAACGCUGGAAACAUUUAAGAGAUCACUAUAUGAAGAAAAAGAAAGCGGCUUCAGGCACUGGCCAAGCGAAAAAUGAUAAUAACACAUGGGAAUAUAUGUCACAAUUGACUUUUCUGUCACAAGCACCAUCACAGCGACACACGCUUACAAAUGUAGAAUCAGAGGUUCAAAUAAGUGAAGAACAAAACGAGAGUAUAUGUGAAGAAAACACACCUCAAAAUACAUCUCAAGAUAGUGUGUAUCUAGAUCUAGAUAAAAAUAUGAGUGUAGAUUCUCCACAAAAUACUGAUGACUCGUUUGUGGAGCCUACUGUAAAAAAACGUAAAAAAACGAAUGAUUUAGUUUCUCUUUUAAAACACAGGCAAGACGAAAGAGCACGUGUUUUUGAUAAAUUAUUAUCAGACCCAAAAAAGUCUCCUAUACACAAAUUUUUUGAGUCGAUGGCAGAUAUUGUUUGCGAACUUCCACCGCAUCUUAUUGCUGAGGCCCGCUUGAAAGUUUGUCAAAUGGUUAAUGAACUAGAAAUAAAGAAUAGCCAAUCAUUGUCAUUAACACCUAUGCCGUCAAGUUACGAUUCUUCUGAUAGCUGGCCUUAUUAAAUUUAAUAAGUAAAGUAAGGUGAACCUAAUUAUGUAUUAUAAAAAAAUGUUGAUUUUUUGAUUAAGCAAAUAAGAACUGUCUAAGUAUAUGGCUACAUAUUUGUAAACAUUAACUUUUUGUUAAAUUUUGUUACCUGAUGAUAGGAAAUGAAAGCUACCUACCUAAUUUUCAAUUACAAAUAAAUGAUUAUUUUUGUUUCGAUUUAUUUUAUUAAAUGUACAUACCU